GUUUCUCCACAAAGUCCGUACGUCAAUUCUGUUAAAAUGUUAAAGAUAUUAAUAGUUUCUUUAUUUCUAAGUGUAUGUAGUGUUUACGGUUAUUUUACUUUGCCUGGAAAAUGUCCUGAAAAUGUUCAGUUACAGGAAGAAUUUAGAUUGGCUGAUUUCUUCAACAAAUGGUAUCAAGCAUACCACUACUCAAGCGACGGCCAGCAGCAGAACAAUUGCUCGGUGAUACAGCUAGAGACCAGAGCAACUGGUAUCUACUUGAACCAGUCCAGAGUGGACCGAGGCCUGUUCCAUAGGUACAGUGUUGGAAAACUGGACAUACCAAUCGACAUAACAGAUAGUGCGAGACUGCAUGUAACCUUCAGUUUUGAAGAUGCACCUAGAAGAUUGAUGCACAGAAAGUAUCCUUUCUACGUGUUGGCUACAAACUACAAUUACUAUGCAACUGUGUACACUUGCGAGUACAGUCCUCUUAUUGAUAAACAUUUCAUAUACGUAUGGAUAUUAUCAAGAAAUGAAUUAUUGAACGACGUUUCCAAAGAGCUGGCUGUGAGAUCACUGAACCGCAUUGGUCUGGAUGCCAACAAGUUGGUCAAAGACGAUUGGUCCAAAUGUUCUCCCAAAUAUUAUGAAGAUCGCCAAGCUGAGCCAAUGACAUUUAGGUAUCCUGUACUUAUACGCUAAAAAUGUUCAAAAUAAAGUGACUUUGACCUUUCUUACCAUA